AUGCUGGAUUUAAUUGGCCUUGCCCUCGUAUCCAAUGGUAUCAUGUUCUGCCGCCUCGAUGGCUCAAUGUCACGUUUGCAAAGAAACAACACGCUCGCCAACUUCUCUACAAACCCACAGGUGAUCGUAAUUUUAGUAUCUCUCAUGGCUGGAGGUUUAGGUAUAAACCUCACCUGUGCCUCCAAAGUCCAUGUUUUAGAAUCACAUUGGAAUCCGAUGAUCGAGCAGCAGGCGGUAGAACGUGUGCAUAGACUUGGACAACGCCGAGACGUUACGAUUACCAGGUAUAUCAUGAAAGACUCAUUUGAGAUCGACAUGAUGCGUUAUCAAGACAGAAAGUUAGAACUUGUCAAACAGUCCCUGGACUCACAUACAGACCCUGAUGCUAUGGAGAUUUGUGCGGCCGAGGGAAAUUCAUGA